AUGAGGAAGUCCUUCAUUGAACGCAUCUUUCCGCACCCGCCAGGAAGUACAAGCUCACUUCCUCAGUAUGAAGAUGACGUCUCAGUCUCGUCCUCACGGUCUGAGGUGACCCGUCCUCGCAUUCUCCUACGAGAUGCAGCAACUCCCUCCUCAUCGCCCGACCGCCGACGAAAUGCGUCGAUCUCCCCGACGUCGCAAGGACCCCAGAAACUAAGCUCGUCCUUGGUGCGCCACAAUGACCCCUUCCUCCCCGUGGAGAGAGCAGCCAAAUCCCUCGAACGCACUUUUCAGAGCCUCCUCGAUGCGCAGUCAGAAGGGCUCAGCGCUGGUAAUAUUGCGACGGCGGAGGUGGACGACUCGUCUUCCGUGGGAAGUCCCACGCCGACUCCGUCUGUUCUCUCGACGUCUACAAAACCAGGAGCAGAAACGGGCCCACGAACCAUACCAAUCCGCCAACCAAAGCCCAAGAAGAUCACGCUCCGAGGCGCUCGACGUGGGUUAGAGAAGUCCAUGAAGGAAUUCGCAGCUCUCCGCGAGUGGGAGUUGUCCGUGAUCGACCGAGAGAUUGUGGCCCGAGAUAAUGCCCUGAAACAGGCUUCUGACCUGGGGAACCGAAGAAAGCUCCUCGAGGAUGAGAUACACAAGAUCAAAACGGAGGUUGGGCCUGUCGGGUUGCGUUCUGAAAUCCAAGCUGUGGAGCUGGAGAUUCAACACUUGGAGACGGCGUUGCUGGAACUCAGGUCGAAGCACAGAGUCCUGGUGAACCAGCUCCGCGAGAAUGAGAGCUCACGGGACUCGGAGUUGAGCUCUUACAUGGAAUCGUUGGCUCUGAGCGAGAACCAGGUCAAGUCGUUCCUGCGCCGACCGCCCAUUCACCAGAGUCUGACUUCCGGACAAGAUCCGGGAAUGUACGCCUUGAAGCCAGAGAGGCGGACGCUGCAAAUGGCGCAGGAGCAGUGGACGAGCGAAGUGGAGAUGUUGGCCCAAAGAAAGGCGAGUGCGGAGAGUGAGAGGAGUGCCCUGGAAGAGGGAUCAAGACUUUGGCGUGAUGUUGUGAGGCGCAUCGGCGAGUUUGAGAAGGAAUUGAAGACGCAGACGCGUGAGCUUUCUCAGUCGCAUCUCCAAUGGCCGGCUGUGAACGGAGUAGAUGGUCUUGAAGGUGCGCCAGCGGCAGCUGCUGAAGAUAUAUCCAUUCAUCUGGUUCUGACAAGACUCUCCACGUUGAUUGCAUCGCUAGAGGAGGAUCUUGAAGUUGCCGAAUCCAGGAACUGGAAUCUCCUCACCUGCGCCAUCGGUGCUGAGCUCGCGGCUUUUCAGCAGGCACGGGACCUGCUUGAGCGCACCACCAACGCAUCAUCCACGACAACCAAUGGUUGGUUGAGCGAUGGUGACAGUAUCAAUGGAUUUGAGGAUCGGAAUCGGCGUGCAGACCACGAGGACAAGGACGAGGCACAGAGUCAGAAUCAACCCCCGGAUCUGGUCAGGGAUGACAUGCUUGUGGCCAGCAGAACAGGAAGUCCAGGCGAAAGCAGCAACCAGAGCCUGGAAGAUACGUUACGUCAAUUCGGCAACCCUCUCGACAAGGGCAAGCAGAAGGAAGAGGACGAUUCUUUCGGCGCUCCCAGACGGUCACGGCCGCGGGCUCCCUCGGCUUCUGAUCUCGAUGCUCUUGGGGGAGGGAUGGACUACGUCCCAAACUCACCACCCGUGCCAAUGACGAGCGUUCGACCAAAGCCUCCAGAUCGGACGACUACAUCUGAAAGCGAGGACGACGAGCCAGGGCCCGAGUUUCUCCUUUCCCAUGCUUGA